AUGGCCAAACAGGAAGCCGCAAAGCUCGUCGCGCUCCUCGACGGGAUCGACCAGUCGACCGCGGGGAUCCGCGGCGACGACGUCGCCCGUGUGCAGCUGCGGGACGCCGCCGAGAGGUGCCUGGCGCGCCUGCAGACGCCCUACGAGCGCUCGUGGGACCUCGCCUUCGCCAACCCCAUCGUCUUCGCCUGUCUCCAGAUGGGCAUGGACCUCGGCCUCUGGGAGGCCUGGCGCGCCGCGGGCGGGGGCGACAAGACGUUGGAUGACAUUGCCGAUAUGUGCGAGGAGGGCCACGCGCGGCCCGACAUCAACCUUCUCCGCAGGACGGUGAGGCUGCUCGCCAUGUUCAGCGUGCUGGAGGAAAAGGGAGUCGAUCGAUAUGGGCCAACGCCCUUCUCGCUCGAGAUGGGCGACAAGACGGCCUGUGUGGCUCAGACGUUGGAGUGCGGAACCGAUCACUUCAUGCGCGCCGGCCACAACCUGCCGAAAUACCUGGCCAAGACCUCGUACCGCGAGCCCCUGGACCCCAAGACGUGCAACUACGUCGACGCCUUCGGGCUCGAGUUCUUCGACCGCGUCAAGCGGGACCCGCGCAUGAACCAGAGCUUCGCCGACCACAUGGCCGGCUUCACCCAGCGCAAGACGCCCUGGGUGGAGCUCUUCGACACCGGGGCCAGCCUGAUGUCCGGCGCCGAGCUCGGUGGCGGUUCCCCGCUCUGUGUGGACGUGGGCGGCGGCGUCAUGGGCGUCGACAUCACCCACCUGCUCAAGAAACACCCGGGCCUGCCCGCCGGGGCGCUGGUCCUCCAAGACCUGCCAGAGGUCGUCGGCGCGGCCAGCCUGGACGGCGAGAUUAAGAAGAUGGCGCAUGACAUUUUCCAACCGCAGCCUGUCAAGGGAAGUCGGGCGUACUACUUUCACGCCGUGUUCCAUGACUGGCCCGAGGCAGAGGCCCUCGUCAUCCUUGGUCACAUCGCGGCAGCGAUGCGCAAGGGGUAUUCCAAACUGCUUAUAUACGAGGUCAUGAUCCCCGCCGCGGGCGCCACCCGCUGGCAGGCCAUCAUGGACGUCGGCAUGAUGUCGCUUCUCUCGGCCCACGAGCGCACAGAGGCGCAAUGGCGCUCUCUUUUGACAAAGGCUGGCUUCUCUAUCCUCAAUUUCUGGCCCGAUCUCAAGGGUACCGAGACGUUGAUCGAGGCUGAGCUGGCAUAGCCCUGCUUGGUUUCCUUCUUGUAUGCUUGCCUUCGGUCUCUGCGAUCCUGUUCUGUUUGUUUUAUUCCCGUGAUUCUAGGCAAGGCUGGGAAGAAUCCAAGCGUGGGGCAUAUACUUAAUACCACCUCGAGAACAGUUGGCCGUCCGGGGCCAAGUUCUGUCUGACGCACUAC